CGAACGACGCGCGCGACACGAGGAGAGGAAGGGAGGAGGAAAAAAAAAAAACCCACAAGAAAAAGGAAACAAAAGGGAAGGAAACGCGAGGCUAAAACAAGGUUGGCGGCUUCCCGAAGAAACCUCCCGUUCCUCCGCGACCCAGCGACCGACGCCUGCGCCGCCGUCCGAUCCCCGAAUCGCCGCCGUCCGAUUCCGGCAGGGGAGCAGACGGUUCGAGCAAAUUGGCCCAAUAAUUUUGGGGGCAGGGCAGCCAGGUUUGAGCUCCGGGAUCUCGAUUCUUCGUAGCUAGGUGGGGGAGGGCGCCGGAUCCAGCGGCCGUCAUGGUUGUCGAUACGGUCAGCGCGAGCACCUCCAUAAUUGCCCCCCACCUGUUCGACCACAGGUCCAGGGGCGCCGGCGCCUCCCACCACCACCACCUCCGCCAUGUCGUCGCCUGCCGCCCCCUGCCCACCGCCUUCGCCGGCCGCCGCCUCGUGUCCCGGGUCAACAAGCAGCCGUCGCCGCGCCUCGCCGAUUGGCCGGUCAGGGCGCUGGCUAUGGGUAUCACAAAGGAGGCCAGCCCUCGCAGGGAGUACCGGGGGAUCCCCGGGGACGGUGGCGACAUGGGGGAUGUUGGGGUCACCAGCCCCAAGCCGUCGUGGCCUCCGCAGAACAGGGCAGAUGACCCCAAGCUGCACAAUCCGCUGCUCCGCCUCGAGCGCAUGGGCUGCGGGUGGCUCGGCGUCAUCUUCGAGUGGGAGGGGGUCAUUGUUGAGGAUGAUGCCGAAUUGGAGAGGCAGGCAUGGUUGACCCUGGCACAGGAGGAGGGCAAGUCGCCGCCUCCCGCUUUUGUGUUGCGGAGAGUCGAAGGGAUGAAGAAUGAGCAGGCGAUUUCUGAGGUUCUCUGCUGGUCUCGGGACCCCUCGGAGCUUAGGAGAUUGGCCUCGAGGAAGGAGGAGAUUCACAACAGCCUCCGAGGCGGCUCCUACCACCAGAUGAGGAACGGUUCCCGGGAGUUCAUGAGCACGCUCGCCAAUUACAAGAUCCCCAUUGCUGUGGCCACCACACGCCCACGGAAGGUUAUUGAGGAAGCCAUUGAAGCUGUUGGUGUGCGCAGCUUCUUUGAUGCGGUUGUGGCAGCAGAAGACGUGUACCGGGGCAAGCCUGACCCAGAAAUGUUUCUGUACGCUGCUCAGCUCCUCAGUUUCAUCCCCGAGAGGUGCAUCGUGUUUGGGAACUCCAAUUCGGCGGUGGAAGCAGCACACGAUGCCCGUAUGAAGUGUGUCGCGGUCGCAAGCAAGCACAAAAUCUACGAGCUUAGUGCCGCAGACCUUGUGGUGAAACAAUUAGACGAGCUAUCUGUCGUUGACUUGAAGAACCUCGCUGAUAUAGAGUCCCCGGAGUUUGGCAUGGAACCUGAACCAGAGAUGGAGGAGGAGGAAGUGCCCCCACCAUCGACGUCUGUGGGUGUAGAUGAUUUAUUCUGGUAAGAGGCCAGAUUGUACAUUUGAUUGAUUCCUCUCCUGCACAGAUGUAUUAUUGUCAACUGUCGUAGCGAUCAGAAAGAAGGGCUUAUCACCCUUCUGUAAUCAGUAGAAUGUGAUAUGUAAAAAUGUUGUUUAGAGCUCACACACUGUAUAUAUACUCAGAAAGAAACCAGGGGACUGAAUAUAUGAAUCAGGACACUUGAAACUGCAGUUGCUGAAACAAUGUAUAACACCACAAGGUUUCUGUCUCAGAAUCAGUAUUCCAGAUGCUGUUUAUAUUGUUC